GCCUGGGAACCUCCAUAUGCCGAGGAUGCGACUCUAAAGAAACCAAACAAAACAAACGAACAAACAAAAGUUGGAUUCUAAAGUUAUUUUCAUGCUCUCCAAGUUUCCAUUACCUGGUUUAGCACUUUUGUCAGACUUCAUUUGCGCUUAGUGGCCAACUUAAGAGUUCUCCCUCUUCCUGAAAUUGUUUCUCUCUCUUGGAUUAACUUUGUUGCAAUUUGAAUGCAAACUUCUAAUUUUUUGAAUCACUUUGCUUUAGUCUCAUAAUAAAAUUUUAUUAAAAUAAAUUAUUGUAUAUACGUUUCAGUCAUGUUUUAAAACCCUAAUUCUCUCUCCUAUAUUAUUUAUUCUUUGUAGCUCAGUGUCACCUGCAAAUUUGAUAAGCAUGACUUAUGCCUUUAUGUUUUUGAUGAAGAUGUUGAGAGAGGUGGGGCCAAGUGCCUGCCGUUGUAGCUUUGCCCUCUUUGUUAAUUAGUACCUUAUAAUUCACCGUUCUUAAGUCCAUCUGGAUGUAUAACCAUUUCUGCUUACAUUUUGUAUCCGGUGAGAUUCCAGAAAAAUUUGUUCAGUACUUCCCUGAAGUUGGUCAUUUACCUAAACCUUUUGGUGUCAGGCUCCAUGGUAAUGAAAGAAGAGUGAGCUCAUGGUCCGUGGGGGAAACAUAUUGAGGCUAACACACUGCCGGGACCUCUUUCUAGAUGACAGAACUAGCUAUUGCUGUGUUGACUGUUGAGUUUAUUGUAGAGCACAUUUCCUUUCUUCGCUACAAUUCUCUGAUUAGUAGUCACGAGUUCACAAUAGGUGAUAGUCGUGGUGGUGGUGAUAACGAUGGCGAUGGUGGUUAUGACAAGAGUGAAGAUGAUGGGGGCGGUGGUGGUGGUGAACACAUAUACAGCUCUUUCCAGAUGCCAGGCUCUGUCUUAAACGCUUUCCAGGUAUCUAAUGUCAUCAUCACAAGAGUCUUCUGGGAUGGAUGUUGUUCGCUGACCCUGACCAGUUGGGCCAUUCACCACCACUCUUAGGUUCUCUUUGGUAGAUGAUGGAAACCACUAAAGAAGUGUAAAGUGGGGAAGAUUAGGCUACUGCUCCACCAUGUCGCUAGUAGGUUUUAUGAACACCAGAUUCUCCCAUAUAUGCAUAAAACCAUUUAUUAGCCUCUUGGGACCACAAGUCCAAUCUGUUUUGCUAGCUUGACAACCACUAUACAAAUGUUAGGCUCUCUGUCCUUUCAGGUGUUCUGAGCAUCUCUUUGCAUAAAAAGUUUACCUGAUGCAAGAUUGUUGGCUCAUUAGCAAUCCUAGCUAGGCACUUCAUUGGAGAGGGUGUGCCACUUUAUGGGGACAACCUUUCCAGUGAUGCGGUCAAGGAGAGUGACCAGAAAGUGCUAGAAGGAAGUGAAGCAAUUAGGAAAGAGAGAAUUGAAGCAAGGAGUGAGGAGUCAGGCAAAAAUUCAUUUGGGCCACUUGCCACAUAUUCAGACUUGUCCUAAACUGGGUGCGAUCAACUAUUGAGAAAUAGGUGUGGCCCUUGGGAUAACUUAAUCCAGGUUGACAUACCUGCCAUCCAUUUCUUUAGCAUUACUCUUGCCUGGAACAGACUGAUUCUAGCCAAAUGAGGAUGCCCCAACAAAUAUAACACUAAAGACUUCUUAGCACUGGUCAAGACAGGUAACUUCCCUGAGAAGAAGGAAUUUAGUUCUCAGGCUGACUUGAAAUCAGAACAUUUUCCCUAUUGUUUUUAUUUUACAAUACUUUUGUCUGGGAGACAGCACUAUGUAGCAUUAAUAUUUUGUUCCAUCUCCAAAGCACCAUGCAGGUUAAUCUAACUUGGUUGGGGAAGUUCUUUCUUGCUGUCUUUACAAAUGCCUCUACAAAACACUUUUUUUUUUUCUGGGAUUCACCUCUGUGUAUUGAUCAGACCAAACAGUCCAAGGAGCAGUGGUUACCCCGGAGGGCAAAUUUUUUGGUUGAAAGUUAUACCACGGUGCAAAGGAUAAUGCUUUUCUUUUUCACAACCAAAGCAGAUGUUCAUACUUGUAACUUACUCUUCAUUUGAAAACAUGUUAGGGAAGGAGAUGGUAAGUUCUAAUUAGCUGCCCACAGAUGGAUGUGGUGUGAGUAUGCUGCAACUCAGUAAUACCCUUUGAAGGCAAUUUUAAAGGCUAGUUAACAUCCACAUUGUAUGAAAAAACAUCGUCUGUAUAUAUACACAUGUACACAGUAUAUGUGUCAGUCUGGGUGAACAUAGUAUGUAUACACAGAAUAAAGUGUGUGUAUAUAUGUGUGUGUGUGUAUUGAUAUUUUAUAUGCCAACUUGAAAGAUCAUUCUCAGACAUUUAUUUUAAGAGGUAAACCUAAAUCGCCUCCAACUUCAUUUCAGAGUCUCCAUAGGUGCUAGAAUAUUUUAUCCUUUGGAUGAUUAAGUAAGAAAGACAUAAUACUGAAGUGUCAUUUAUGGUUCUGUCCUGGAGAAUUAAGGGUGCUUAUUCAAAUAUGCUGAAAUUUCUCUUCUGGUCCCCUCUCUGGAAGACAAGUCACUACAGUGAGCUUGGUCUUUGUCUCCGCCCUUGCCUUUUGAUUAAAGACUCUGAUCAAGUGACUUAAGAGGACCUCAGGUUUGGAAGACCCUCUGCUCGUUCAUUCACUUCUCUAGUCUCCAGUGGUUCCUGUGCUGUCUUUAAGUAAAUAAUAAAGGCCUUGGCUUCCUUUGCCGAGGAAGGUCUAUACCAGAUGUACCUGCUGCUUCGGCGUGACCAUUGCUUCAUUUAGACUCGUUAAUGUUAGUGUUUUUAAGGCUCCCAGACAGUGAAUGUCCUUCAUCUCCUGGUAGAUUAUAAUCUGCUAGUGUAAUCAUCCAACAUCUCCUCUGUUGCCUCGUUAGCUCUGCGGGUAUGUAGGGACUAUUUGAAAUUGUAAUUAAUCAACUCGUACCAAACCCUCUUUGCCAUUGGUGAGAGCAGUAGCCUUUUCACAUGUAAGUUUCACUAAUUCAAGAGGCCUCUUUGUAACAGUGAGUUGCUCAGUUGAUUUGAACAUGUUUCUUAGGUCUCAGGUCUAAUCUUGAUUGCAGAUCUUUCACUUCCUGUCCCAUGGCUGAGCAUCUCCAUACUUUGACCAGUUGUCCCACAGUUGUCUUUUUUUUUUUUUUUUUUUUUUUUUGGCCUGGGAAAGCCAGUUGAGAAUGUGAAUAAACAAGUACAGAUCAAUUCCCAGAACAAGAGAACAACAUUUAAAGUACAGAGCUCAAGCCUAGAUUAUGGUUCAUUUUUUCUCCAAGAAAAAACAAAGACAUUUCUUGGUUCAUUUUUUCUCCAAGAAAAAACAAAGACAUUUCUGUGUAGGUCAACACAUAUCUGCACGGAGCAUUGUAUGGUGGAGAGUGUGUAUGUGUGCAUGUGUGAGAUGUGUCUAUAUGCAUGGGUGAGUAUGUGUCAGGGAGGGGUAGAUCUGUUGUCAUAUUAAUGAUGGCAGCAAAAAUACCUAUUAGUUACCAUGCAGCAGGUCAUGUGCCGAGGGUCGGACCCGUCAUAUGUUGAUUUGUGCAAGCGUUUACUAUAAUGGUCACCCAAGCAUUUCCAGAAGGAAAAGGUGAUGAUUGAUUUGUUAAUGCCUAAGGGUCUCCCAACAUGUGCUCUACAACCUGUUUGUCAGUGAGUUGUUUGGGCUUCGGCAGGAAUUUUCCCACAGAAAGGGUGUUCUAACUGGCAGGCUCCCAGGACCGCCUACAAAUCCAUUUAACCAUAACAGAGCUGAUGAGCACUGUCAGGGCUAGAGUUGGCUUCCAAGUGGGAAGUCAGCCUAGUAUUAAUAGCACAGCUCCAGCUGCACUCUGGGUCCAGCGGACUUCUGAUGGACCGGCCUGGGAACCGAGGCACUCUUUGUAACAUUUAUAAGAAAUGGAUUCCUUGGUGAGCAUGGCGGGACAGGAGUGCUACGGUGGCAUGAGAACCAUGGCUUCCCAUUUCCCCGUUCUCUGAUCACCAUCAACGUUGGCGUCCAACAGGAAGAGACCAAGGCGAAUCCUAGGGGUGAUUUCACCUGGAACAGUAUGUCCGGCCGCAGCGUGCGGCUGAGGUCAGUCCCCAUCCAGAGCCUCUCAGAGCUGGAGCGAGCCCGACUACAGGAAGUGGCUUUUUAUCAGCUGCAGCAGGACUGUGACCUGAGCUGUCAGAUCACCAUUCCCAAAGAUGGACAAAAGAGAAAGAAAUCUUUGAGAAAGAAACUGGACUCACUAGGGAAGGAGAAAAACAAAGACAGAGAAUUCACCCCCCAGGCGUUUGGAAUGCCCUUAUCCCAGGUCAUCGCCAACGACCGGGCCUACAAACUCAAGCAGGACUCCCAGAGGGAUGAGCAGAAGGACGCGUCUGAUUUUGUGGCUGCCCUGCUCCCGUUUGGAAAUAAAAGGCAGAACAAGGAACUCUCAAGCAGUAACUCAUCUCUCAGCUCCACCUCGGAAACACCAAAUGAGUCCACAUCCCCCAACACCCCGGAGCCGGCUCCUCGGGUCAGGAGGAGGGGGGCGAUGUCGGUGGAUUCCAUCACGGACCUUGAUGACAAUCAGUCUCGACUGCUGGAAGCUUUACAGCUCUCUUUGCCUGCCGAGGCUCAAAACAAAAAAGAAAAAGCCCGAGAUAAGAAACUCAGUCUGAAUCCUAUUUACAGACAGGUCCCCAGGCUGGUGGAUAGCUGCUGUCAACAUCUAGAAAAACACGGCCUCCAGACCGUGGGGAUAUUCCGAGUUGGAAGCUCAAAAAAGAGAGUGAGACAACUGCGUGAGGAAUUUGACCGUGGGGUUGAUGUCUCCCUGGAGGAAGAGCACAGCGUUCAUGACGUGGCUGCCUUGCUGAAGGAGUUCCUGAGGGACAUGCCGGACCCCCUUCUCACCAGGGAGCUGUACACAGCCUUCAUCAAUACUCUCUUGUUGGAGCCGGAGGAACAGCUGGGCACCCUGCAGCUUCUCAUCUACCUUCUACCUCCCUGCAACUGCGACACACUGCACCGCCUGCUGCAGUUCCUCUCCAUCGUGGCCAGGCACGCCGAGGACAACGUCAGCAAAGAUGGGCAAGAGGUCACGGGGAACAAAAUGACAUCUCUCAACUUGGCCACCAUAUUUGGACCCAACCUGCUGCACAAGCAGAAGUCGUCAGACAAAGAAUUCUCGGUCCAGAGUUCUGCUCGAGCUGAAGAGAGCACAGCCAUCAUUGCCGUGGUGCAGAAGAUGAUUGAAAAUUAUGAAGCCCUGUUCAUGGUUCCCCCGGAUCUCCAGAACGAAGUGCUGAUCAGCCUGUUGGAGACCGACCCGGACGUGGUUGACUAUUUACUCAGAAGGAAGGCUUCCCAAUCUUCAAGCCCUGACAUGCUGAGAUCGGAAGUUUCCUUUUCCGUGGGAGGAAGGCAUUCGUCCACAGAUUCCAACAAGGCCUCCAGCGGAGACCUCUCCCCUUAUGACAACAACUCCCCAGUGCUGUCCGAGCGCUCCCUGCUGGCUAUGCAAGAGGACGCGGCCCCGGGGGGCUCGGAGAAGCUUUACAAAGGGCCGGAGCAGUAUAUGCUGGUGGGCCACUUGCCAUCUUCGAAGUCGAGGGAGAGUUCUCCUGGACCAAGGCUUGGGAAAGAUAUGGCUGAGGAGGCUCUCAAUAUCUGGGGGACUUGGCACUCAACAUUAAAAAGUGGAUCCAAAGACCCAGGCAUGACAGGUUCCUACGGAGACAUUUUUGAAAGCAGCUCCCUCCGGCCGGGGCCAUGCUCCCUCUCUCAGGGGAACCUGUCCCCAAACUGGCCCCGGUGGCAGGGCAGCCCCACAGAACUGGACAGCAGUGCGCAGGUCGCUCGGAGGACUCAGGCGGCCGGCGCCGCGGCGGCGUGCAGGGCGCAUGCGCCGGUGGCCCGCGUCUGCAGCUCGUCCCACGUCCAGGGCGCCGAGCAGCCCGCGCCACGGCCACGGCCACGGCCACGGCCGGAGGCGUUCUGGACCCCGAGCGGCGCCGAAGACCUCGCCGAGAGCGAGCUGGAGGUGGCCUGUCCGCACCGGAGCGCCAAGCCUCCGGCCCAGAGACCUGGAGAAGGUGCCAGGCACGACCAGAGGCCUCCUCCUCCUUAUCCUGGUCCAGGAAAGCCAGCCGUCGCAGUGGCCCACCAGCCCGCGGAGUCACCGCUGUGGAGGCCUCAGAGGCCAGGAGAAGGCUCCGGAUCAGCGUCGCAAGAGGGAAGCCAAACAGGCGAUCGAGAGCCUCAGACCGCCCAGCAGCCGGUGAGCAGCGCCUACCCCAGUCCGGCCAGCGAUCAGAACAGUGAGACCCUGCGGGAACCCAACUGGCUCGACUGGCAGAGGGAGCGGUGGCAGAUCUGGGAGCUCUUAUGCGCCGACAACCCCGAUGCCCUCCCGGAAACGCUGGUAUGAGCCCCGUGCGCUCGAGCCCUCCGGCCCCAAACAGCCUUCUUCCACUCAGCAGGGGAAAAAGUGGGUAUUGGACAAUUGGGCACUUACUUACGUUUCUUCUUUUACACCUUAAAAAAAAUAAUAAUAACACAAGCGGAAAUUCGGUUCACUUACAGAUAGAGAGCACUUGUACCCUGGCCCUUUAUAAUAAGAUUCUAUUGCAUAGCCAGCAUUCAGAUAAAAGAAAAACAAACGGGGACGCUCAUAGCCAACCUAACAGCUCUUCACAUUGGCUCUGCAUAAGAUACAACUCUCGCUUUGGUAUUGCUUAAUUGUAUUUAUGUGUCUUCAGUUUUGACUCUUGUAUAUUCUGUAACAGAUUAUGUAUGAUACUCGUAUAUGUUACAUUCACAGAAGACAGAAGGAACACAUUUUUAAAUCACUUAUUCUAAGUAAGGAGAUUCUAUAGAAUGUUCUAGAACUUGCACAAGCGGGUUUCUGUGCUUUUGUGAUAGCUUUCUAACUGGGGACAGCCCUUCCUUCAAUGCCUAAGAAAAACACUAACAAGACAGAAUACAACAGAGUAUGAGAAGCCAUAUUUUUAUAUAGUAGCGAGAUACAACAAAAUAUAUUGUCACAGAAUGCUUUUUCAUAUUGAAUAUGUUUUGAGGAAAUAUUAAAUUUGAUACUUAUGGAAUAUAUUUUUAGAAUCUGUUUCGAAAGGAUUCAGGUUAAUGAAACCGGAGAAAGGCCGUGCCUGACAAAGAAAGAAGAAGAAGUUGCCCUGCCCAUUCUAGGUCAAAUUCAAUUUUAUAUAGACCAUAUAUAAUAUAUAUUUAUAAUGUACGAUUUUUAUGUAUUUUUCAAAACUACAAACUGGAAUCCAACUAUAAAGCAUUUAAAAAUCAAAAUAGAGUAUUCAAAUUACAAAACACGGUUUGUCCUUAUGCCCCCAAAGCAGUAUUAACCAAAUUAUAUGCAGUGCUUUGUAAAGUAAAUCAUAUUUGGGGAAAAAAAAAUUAAGCUCUGUAUUUACAGUGUGCCAAAGGCUGAGGAAAUGUUUUCUUUGGUAAUUCUACGUAUCGUGUAAAAUGUUCCUACUCCUUCAGUAGUCCAUUCGAAGUUUUUCAGCUGCAAAACAAUUUUUGACCAGUAGGUGGCAAUUCGCUUCAGUAUUUUAUGAGAUUUUUUUUUUUUUCACUUCAUAAGGGAAUGUGUAUUAUAGACAAAGAUUUUUUUUUUUUUAUAAAACAUGCUACUCUUACCUUUCAUGUUGGCAAUGACCUUUUCAGUGGUGUUUCUUAAAGUUCUUACUUGUGCCGUAAUGAAUAAAAAGUUAAGCAAAGGUUUCA